AUGACGAACCCCGGUCGCAGACCAGGAGCAACGCACCAAGCAGUGAUACGGCACGAUAAUGGAAGCAUGUUUGUCUCCGUGAAUAUGAACCAAAACUGUUUUAGCAGCAACUACUCAAGUCGAGUCCAAAGGUUCUCAGUUAAUAUUCUCGACCCUUUUGGAACAAUCCCAAUACCGUCGAAUCCGCAAAUUGACACGCUUCUCAAGCAUUUCAUUGUGCUUUUCGACUACUUGACUACAACAGUUCCCAGCAACAACACAUGGCUGGGUCUUGCGAUAAAUGACCCGCUUCUCAUGCGUGUGACUCUCUGUACGACGGCAGCCUUCGGAGCUACGGUCACACCGUUAUUCAGUCCUGAACUGCGAAAGGAAGGAUUGAAACUAAAGUGCGACGCCAUCAAGGACCUAAAUUCUCUCCUCCAAAAUGGCCAAGUCCCAGAGAAUGUACUUGCUGCCAUUGCACAUCUAGGACAUAGUGAAGUGAGUGAUCGAGUGCCUUUAGGUCUGAAUUCUUCCGGGCGAUUCUGA